AUGCCCGGACUCCCCGACGCACGGUGGGGACACGACACUGGGACCACCAGCAGUGACCCCCCCCUCCCCUCCCCUCCCCCAUCCUUGUGUCUUGCAGCCACUCAGACUGACCACGAUGUCCUUGGUAUUAGUGGAGAAGAGGAGGACCAAUAUACAUGCAAAGGGGAGAGGAGACUGGAGGCGCAGGGGUGGUGGGCAGCGAUUCAGCGAGCAGGGAGUUCGGGCGACACUCUCAGCGACCAACAGCUCUCUCGGAGGAUUGACACGCCGGUACUAGUGGAGCGCUGUGUGGCCUACGUCACCCAGUAUGGCCUGACGUCAGAGGGCAUCUACAGGAAGAGCGGGCAGAAGUCAAAGACCACGCACCUGCUGGAGCAGUUUGUGAAGGACGCGCGUGCGGUGAAGCUGAGGGAGGAGGACCACCAGGUGGAUGACGUGUCCAACACCCUCAAACGCUUCUUCAGGGAGAGCAUCGGCGAGAGUCUCUUCACGCACGGGGCCUACCAGGACUGGCUGCAGACCUCGACGAUCACUGAAGAUUGGCCGAAGAUCACGGAGUAUCAGAAACUCUUUGCCAACCUGCCGCGUGUCAACCGAGCCACCCUGAAAGCCCUCAUCAACCACCUGUACUGUGUCCAGAAGGUUUCGGACAAGAACCAGAUGACCACUCACAACCUGGCCAUCGUGUUCGGCCCCACCCUCUUCCAGACGGACGGACAGGACAGUAAGGCGGGCCGAGUGGUCGCAGACCUGGUGAAUCACUUUGUGCCCAUCUUCAACGUGGAUGAGCAGCAGCUGAAGAAGCAGCUCGAUGAGAUCGUCAGUAUCAUUAAAAUACGAGAUGCCUGUCUCAUGCAGUCCAGUCAGAACGCCGGGGACUUCAUCUGCACCGUGUACCUGGAGGAGAAAAAGGCCGACUGUGAGCUGAGCCUAAAGGUACCAGCCACGAUGACAGCCCAGGAGCUGACCAACGAUGUCCUGUACCUGCGUAAGUUGGUGACGAAGGAACGGGACAACUGGUGCUGCUUCGAGGUGAUCGACAAGGAGGAGAUGGAGCGGCCUCUGCACCACACAGAGAAGGUGCUGCCCAUCCUGCACGCACUCGCCACCGACAGCUACGUGGUGGUGAAGAGGAACACCGCACUCGACAACAUGCUGAUGUACCUGGGCAGUAAAGUUGCGGACCAGAAGCACGGCAGGGUGAAGUUCCGUGAGGAGAGGAAGCUGGGCCUGGGGACGGGCAGCUUCAGUGACCGCUACUUCAUGCUGACCAACCAAACCCUACGCCUCUUCAAAGAAGUCAGGAGUAACAAACCGGACAAGGAGUGGCCCGUGAAGAGUCUGAAGAUCUACCUUGGGGUGAAGAGGAAACUCAAGCCACCAACAUGCUGGGGGUUCACGGUUAUUUAUGAGAACAAAGAUCGGCACGAGAAGCAACAUUGGUACAUGUGCUGUGACACACAGAUGGAGCAGAGGGAAUGGUUCGCAACCUUCCUCUACGUGCAGAAUGACGGCACCAUCUGGCCAUCUGGCGCCUCUUGCUGCCGAUCCUCCCGCCAACCCUCAGAGUCGCGGUUCGGUAACGUCUCGCUCAUUCCUCUCCGCGGAAACGCCAACGAGAUGAGGAACAGCGUGGCUGCCUUCACCUCCGCCCCCGUGUCCCAGGAGGAACGCAGGAAUCUCGAAGCAGAACGGCCGAACAGAGAGGAGGAUGAAGAAGGAGGUGUGGAACCUUGAGCCGUGGAACCACCAGAGAACUGACACUGGAGGAGAGAGAGGGGAGAGAGCGGAAGGUGCGGGGGCCGAUCAACAAGGAGCAAGACCCCCCCCCACUGUUAUUUAAAAGAUUUUCCAUUGUAGCAUAGAGGACGUCUAACGUGACCUGUACAUAUUAUGUUUUCCCCAUCGCCAUGAGUUUAUUUAAUUCUGUCCAGGCCUCGAUAGUCUGUAAAAUUGCUGGGUUGUGUGAAUAGAACGAGAGCAAAGCAAA